AUGGCAAAUACCAACCCCGUCAUCGGUGUGGUCUUGUUGGCUCGACAUGGUGAUCGAGCAGGUGAGCUGGGCAUACACCGAUGCUUUGCCCGUCGUUUGGCUCGGAGCUGACUUGACGAUCGUAUCACUUCUCAGGCUUCUAUCAAGUGAGCAGCCCCACCCCACCCUACCUCGACGCCGACGCACGCAUUCGCAUCAAGCCGUACUACCCGAUUCCUCUCUCCCAUAGAACCCCAACACCUAUGCAGCCUCCAAGACCUCCAUCACCCCCCUAGGCGAACAACAACUCUACCGAGUCGGCAACAUGCUCCGAACGAUCUACGCCGACCCAUCCUCGGACCGAGCGAUUCAAGGUUUGAGCAAUUCGACGCUCAAUGCGGCGCAGAUCAAUUCGACAGCUGAUGGAGGGGGAGAAGGAGGUGAGUUCGGUCUUGAGUGGGGGGGUGGUGCGUGGGUUGUAGGGUGUUCCUGACGAAGGGCCGUUUGGCGCUUGGCUCGGGAACAGGCGUGAUUUUCGAUUCGGCGGUAAGUCUCGGAACUUUUUUUUUUUUUUUUUGAGCUGGGGGUUAGGACCCAGGGCUCAUAAGUGUGUGGCGACAUGGUUCAAUUACAACAGGUCGCUCUUUGGCAAGGAUUCUACCCUCCCAACGCAACGUGAGUCUUGGAGGGGCCGCCUCGGAUUUCAUGGGAAUAAUUCGACCCGACCCACUUUGACCUGAAAUGCAGCGUUUCUUCCGAAACCCUCGCCGACGGGACCAACGUUACCUCGCCUCUAAACGGCUAUCAAACUCUGCAAAUCAACACGGUUCUUCCAGCCGACGAUGUCGACUUUGAAUGUCAGUUCCAUCCUGCCGGCGACCCCCCUCGGCGUUGUUGCUGACAUUCUCAAUCGUGCUUGCUCUCUCCAGCCUGGGUCAACUGCGGCACAUGGACGAAUCGAACCAACGAGUUCUACAACUCGACCGUCUUCCUCGCCAAGACCGCCGAAUCAGCCCCCUUCCUCAAAAGUCUCCAAACGGCCGGACUCGUCGGCGGCCGCAACGUCUCGCUCGUCAACGCGUACAACCUCUACGACUUUAUUAACGUGCAGCGCAUCCACAACGCGACCUACUCGGCCUUGCUCGACGCCAAUGGGCCUGACACCCUAAAUGCGAUGAGGGCAUUGGCAGACUUCCACGAGUAUGGCUCUUUCACCGAUUCGACGGAUAGUGGGAUUGGGAACAUCGCUGGCCGCACGUUCUUGCCGAGGGUUCUGGCUUCGUUCGACCAGUUCGCCAAUGGGACAGAGGUCAAGAUCGCGCAUUAUCAGAUGUCUUACAAGCGUGAGUGAAGCCUCUAGAUUUUACUUUUGGGGCCUAUUUGGUAGGACCCUGACUGUUCAUCCCUGGUCCCGUGCAGCCUUCUUGUCCAUCUUCAACAUGACCGACAUGUCCGCCACCGGAUUUGCCGGAGCCACCGCCAUAGUCGACUACGGCUCGGUCGCAACGUUCGAGCUUCGCAAGUCCAUGACAAACUCGACCGGAUUCGAUGUACGAUUUGGGUUCCGUAAUGGUUCUUUCGAUGGCACAAUUCCCGUGAGUGUGCCAUCGAGCCUCGUUGCCUCGGCGUGUGGCCUGUAGACUGAACAUGUUUGUUACUCAAUUACCAGUUUGACUUCACGUACUACCCCUUGUUCGGUUCAUCAUCCGUCGACAUCCCUCUAGCGUCAUUCGAAACCCAACUCGCCUCUUCCAUCAUCCCCAACACGACCGCAUGGUGUCACGCCUGUUCCAACACCCUCAACUCGGGGUGCGCAACCGUGGCCCUAGCAGACAAGUACGAGAAACUAUUCCAACAAUCCUCAAGCGAAUCUCACUUCUCCCCCGUCGGAGCAGGCUUCAUCGGAUUCGCAGUAACGGCUGUAUUGGGUGCCCUGAUCUUGUUGCUCUUGGCUCGGUUGGGUUGGGUCAGUUUCGGAUCGAGGCAACAGAGGAAUAGAGAUUUGUAUCUGCUCAGGCAAGGGGGACCGGCGAAGAACGUUGCUGGCGAGGAUGCGGGGAGUGUGGCUUCGAGUCACUUUUGA